AUGCCACCACUGGUCGAGGCCUUCCACGCUCGCGAGCUCACCAGCCACAUCAACCACCUACCCGAUGGCAAGACACGAAAACCGCCAGUCUCAGACUUGAAGAAGUGCGACCUCAAGGAGUUGGUCCAGUACAAUUGUGAACUCAAUGGCCCUAAAGAAGAUAAGAGGAGCAAGAUCGUCUGUGAUCCCGUGCUGCGGCUUUUCCGGCAGUGUGCGAGUGGUCUGACAGUGGAGACAACGGCAUGGGAAGGACGUUUUGACGAGCGAGACGAGACAUGA